AUGGCUCAAUACUUUUUCGAUCUUCUUUACAAUUUUACGGAUUGCAUGUGCUGCUUUCCGAGCGCACCACAACUGAAGAUCAACAGCCGUAGCUUCAAACUGCUACGUCUUUUGGGAGAGGGUGGCUUUUCCUACGUUUACCUCGUCCAAGAUAAAUCAACGUCGGAGCUGUUCGCCUUGAAGAAGAUUCGAUGUCCGUUUGGCCAGGAAUCCGUCUCCCAGGCGCUGAAAGAAGUGGAAGCCUACAACCUCUUCACAACACAAUCCAAUAUCAUCCAUUCGAUAGAUCAUUGCGUCUCGACGGAAUCGGGCUCGAAAUUUCGCUCUGAUGGUGGUGAAGCGGGUUCGAAAACGGUUUAUAUCCUGCUGCCUUACUACCAACGCGGCAAUCUCCAAGAUGCUAUCAAUGCCAACCUUGUCAACCAUACGAGAUUUCCUGAGAAGAGGCUGAUGGUCUUGAUGCUGGGCGUUGCGAAUGCGCUCAAAGCGAUGCAUCACUAUCGUGUUAGAAGCGGUUCUGGACCAACGCGAAAGGCCAAAGCGGUUAGAAGGGAGGGUGAACAAGCCGAUGCGGAUUUGGCCAUGCAGAUGGGGAAGCCAAAGCGACGAGCAAGCCAGCGCGUCGAUAAAGAGUCCGAGAAUGAGCCUUUGAUGGAUGAUGAAGUUACAAGAACCCAGGAGGGCGUCGACGAGGGCGGUUUGCGUCCAUACGCGCACAGAGACAUCAAGCCUGGUAAUAUCAUGAUCGAUGAUGAUGGCCAAAGUCCUGUCUUGAUGGACCUUGGUUCACUCGCCCCCAGUCCCAUUGCGAUCACCUCCCGAUCGCUCGCCUUAGCAGUCCAAGACACUGCUGCAGAACACAGCACAAUGCCUUAUCGAGCACCCGAGCUCUUCGAUGUCAAGACCGGAUCUAUCAUUGAUACCAAGGUCGAUGUCUGGUCUCUGGGAUGUACGCUAUACGCCUGUUUGGUCGGAAAGAGUCCCUUUGAAGCUCGCAGCGAAGAGACAGGUGGUAGUCUGAGCAUGUGUGUUCUCGGUGGGGACUGGCGAUUCCCGGAUGAAAAGUCCGGUGCUGCCAAGGGCAAGGGCAAGACUGGUGGCGGCCAAAGCAGCCCAGCUGGAGACAACGGAACGUCGAUCAGUGCACCAGUCAAAGAUGUUGUCCGAAAAUGUUUGCAGGUUGAACCCUCGGACCGACCCGACAUUGAUGAACUUAUCCAAAUAAUGAAGGAUGUCAUCAGUGAUCUUCCGGAAGACGAUGAUUCGCCGUCCGCCAUUCCCGGCACUGUCACUUUGGUGGAUUUGGAACAUGUCCUUGAAACACGUCAUCUCAACAGCGGCGAUCCUGACAUUGUUUUGAUUCCUGCCCCUUCCAGUGAUCCAGAUGAUCCGCUGAAUUGGUCGCCUCGAAGGAAGCUUCUAUCCACCGUGUGCACCAGUGUCACUGGAGUUUCUGUUGGUACUCUCAAUGAAGGGACUGGGUAUUUGUUUCUGUUUGCAGGAUGGGGACUCCUCUUCUGGCAGCCUUUUGCGAUGCAAUAUGGCAAGAGAUUGACUUAUUUGCUUUCGUUGACUGGGAUCCUUGUAAGUCCCUAUGUGCACGGCAAUGGACAAUGGAUUGCUAGAAGCAUUCUGUCCGGGUUCUUUACGGCCCCGAUCGAAGCCCUUCCAGAGAUAUCUGUCACGGAUGUGUACUUUACACAUGAGCGAGGCACCUACAUGGGUCUCUACGCUUUCUGUCUAGCUGGUAGCAACUAUUUUGCUCCUGUCAUUUGCGGAUUCAUCGCCCAGUACCAAGGCUGGCAAUGGGUGUUUUACUGGCCCAGUAUUUUCUGUGCCUUUUCUAUUGUAUUCCUUUUCUUCCUCAUGGAAGAGACCACCUACGUUCGCGAACAAGUUGAGAUUAUUGACCCAGCUACCCCGAUCGGGUCGUCUACCACCGGCUCCGAACACGGAGGCCAAGAGAAAGCUCUACCACCAUCUGAACGUCCUCGUUCGACAUCACCAGCAUGUGGGGUGGUCUACACCAAGAAGUCAUAUUGGCAGAAGCUCGCGCUUUUAGGCCCCAGGCCGCCAAAGAACAACAUGUUUAGGAGACUUUGGCAGCAACUGUACUAUUUGAGCUGGCCAGUCAUCUUCUACGCAGGAUCACUCUUCACCGGUCGAUUUAGUGAUUGGCUCACUAUCAAACUCGCUCGACGCAAUAAUGGAAUCAUGGAGGCUGAACAACGUUUGUGGCCAUUCAUUGCAUGCGUGUUUAUUCUCCCUGGAUCGUUGAUGCUCUGGGGAGUCGGUGCUGCCCAUUCCGUACACUGGUUUGGGCUCAUCUUCGCCAUGUUCAUGAUAGCCAUCGCCAACACCGCCGGUAUCACACUGAGUGUGAACUAUCUAGUUGACAGCUAUCGAGAGAUAAGUGGCGAUGCCUUGGCCAGUGUAAUUCUGGUCCGCAACACUAUGUCUUUCGCCAUUGGUUAUGGCAUUACGCCAUGGGUUGAUGGUCUGGGCUAUCAGAACUGUUUUAUCUCGGCUGCAUUUAUUGGGAUGGCCUGUUCUGCCGUGUUUCUAGUGAUGAUAAAAUGGGGGAAGACGUUCCGAACUCGUUCUCGCGAGAAGUAUUGGAACAUAGUCGUUGAGAAUUGGGAGAAGGGAAUGGGUCAUUGA